AUGAGUCAGCCCAACCGUACCUGGGUGACAGAAUUUUUAUUCCUGGGUCUAUCUGAUGACCCUCAGACUCAGCUUCUACUUUUCCUAUUGUUCCUGAUCAUCUAUUUGGUUACUGCACUUGGAAAUCUGCUUCUCAUCAUCUUGGUCAUAACUGAUUCAAAGCUCCAAAUGCCGAUGUACUUUUUUCUGUGUAACUUGUCUGUGGCUGACUUCUGCUUCUCUACCAGCAUUGUUCCUCAAGCUCUAGUCCAUAUGAUGACCAAGAGAAAGAUAAUUUCCUUCAUGGGUUGUGCAGCUCAGCUUUUCCUAUUCCUUAUUUUUGGAUGUGCAGGGUGUGCCCUGUUAUCUGUGAUGUCUUAUGAUCGGUACUUGGCAAUUCGUGACCCUAUGCACUACCCACUCAUCAUGACAAAAAAGUUAUGCAUCCAGAUGGCUUUGGGUUGCUGGGUCAGUGGUGUGUUAGUGUCAAUAAUGGACACGACAUUCACACUACAAGUCCCAUACCAAGGAAACAAUAAGAUUGCUCAUUUCUUUUGUGAAGCCCCAGCCCUUUUAGCUCUAGGAUCUGCAGACACCCACAGAGCAGAGACAGUCAUUUUCUUAAUGGGUGUGAUCAUUCUUCUUUUACCAGUAUCUUUGAUCCUCUUCUCCUAUGGCUCAAUCAUAGUAACUGUCAUCAGGAUGAAGACAACCUCAGGGAGACUCAAAGCAUUCUCCACUUGUGGUUCUCAUCUCAUUGCAGUCACCAUUUUUUAUGUAUCAGCAAUCAUGACUUAUAUGACACCUAAAUCCUCUAAGGAGCAAGGGAAGCUGGUGUCUAUUUUCUAUGCUGUGAUAGUUCCUAUGCUUAAUCCCCUUAUCUACAGCCUGAGGAACAAGGAAGUGAAGAGGGCAUUCAGGAACACCAUCAUGAAAAGACAACCUUGCAAACUUUGA